AAAAAAAAAAGGUAAGUGCAAACUCUGGUGAUUGCAAAAGCAUCUCUGGAAAAAAUAAAUAAUUAAAUAUAUAUUUUUUUCCAGUAAAUGGUUGUGAUUCAGAUUUCAAAGGGGCGUGGCGGCGUGCUGGGUACCACUUCUGACUAAAAGGAUGCUGAUAGCUUAGCAACAGCGACAAGGAAGAGGAUAAAAAGGAAGCAAGGAGGAGAGACAAUGGAUGCGCGAUUUGUCAGCAUCGUAACUGGGUAGGAUCAGCUGAUAGAGAGAGAGAGAGGGGGAGGUUUGUGCCACAAGUCAACCACAAGCAGCCAUGAAUGCAGAAAUGUAAACAAAGGGUGUGACGUGUGAACAGACACCAUGGCCACGCAGGAACCGUCCCCUCCUUCGUCCAUGGAGAGCAAUAAACCCGGCUUCCCCAAGAAGAUCCUGGGCAAUAAGCUGGAGGACAAACACCUGUGCAACUGCUGUCACAACAUACUGAGACGACCGUUUCAAGCCCAGUGUGGACAUCGCUUCUGUUCCUACUGUUUCAACAGGACCGUGAGUAAUGGACCCCAGAAAUGUAACGCCUGCAUUAAAGAGGAUAUCUUCGAGGAGCCGACAUCGAUUUUGAAACAAGGAUGUGCUUUUCCUGACAACGCAGUUCGAAGGGAAGUUGAGCAUCUUUCAGCUGUUUGUAUCAAUGAAAAUUGCACUUGGAAAGGCAGUAUUAAAGACUACGAGCUGAACCACGAGGGGAAGUGUGAGUUCAUGAUCAUCCCCUGCCCCUCCUGCAAAGAACGAAUUCGCUUCAACGAACAGGAGCGCCACAACGAGCGAGAGUGCCCGGAGAGAACACUGAACUGCAAGUACUGCAAGGAGCCAUUUCACUUCAAAAACAUCAAGGCACAUGAUGAGAUCUGUCCCAAGUACCCGAUGAUCUGUGAAGGCUGUGCCAAGAAGAAAAUACCCAGAGAAAAGUAUGUGGAUCAUAUCAAGUUCUGCAGCAAAUUCAGAACUCCAUGUCGAUUUCAUGUCGUGGGAUGUGACAUGUCUGUGGAAAAGGAAAAGAUUCAUGACCACGAGCGUGCCUAUGCCUACGAGCACCUCAAUCUGUUGCUGCACUACAUCAUGGGCAUGAAAGUAAGCAUGGAGGGCCUGCAGCCCCAGGGACUGGAACUAGCCGGACACAAACUGGUGGAGCUCCAACAGUCCCUCAGGGAGCUCGAGGCCAGAGUCUCCCAGCUUAGCACCACCUCCUCUGGGCCUCCCGUGCAGGGAGCCGCCGCCGCCGCCGUCGCCUCCUCCUCAUCCUCCAGCUCCGGUCCACCCGCUUCAGCUCCACUCCCUCCACCGCCCACCUUGGCUCCCACUCUGUCUGUGUCUACCUCCUUCACACCUCUGCCCAGCUCGGUGGGAGCGGCGCUGGAGCUCCAGCUCCACAGCGAGAAGACGAAGGUGGCCGAGCUGGGUCGCAGGUGCACGGAGCUCGAAGUGAAAUCCGGCACGUUUGAAAAUGUGGUGUGUGUUCUGAACAGAGAGGUGGAGAGGUUUGCCACCACCAUGGAGGCCAGCAACCGUCAGCACAAACUGGACCAGGACAAGAUCGAGGCUCUGAGUAAUAAGGUGCGACAGCUGGAGCGGACAGUCGGGCUGAAGGACCUGACGGUUGCUGAGAUGGAGGGUCGGCUGAGGGAAAUGUCUGCCACUACGUUUGACGGCGUCUUUGUGUGGAGGAUUUCUGACUUCGCCAAAAAGAGACAAGACGCCAUCGCAGGUCGAGCCCCCGCCAUGUUUUCACCAGCCUUCUACACCAGUAAAUACGGCUAUAAGAUGUGUCUGCGGAUCUACCUGAAUGGAGAUGGGACAGGGCGUGGCAGCCACUUGUCCUUGUUCUUUGUGGUGAUGAGGGGACUGAGUGACGCUCUGCUCAAAUGGCCUUUUAACCAGAAGGUGACUCUGAUGCUGCUGGACCAGAGCAACAGGGAGCACAUCAUCGACGCCUUUCGCCCUGACGUCACUUCCUCUUCCUUCCAGAGACCCGUGAGCGAGAUGAACAUCGCCAGCGGCUGUCCGCUCUUCUGCCCGCUCUCCAAGCUCGACGCCAAGAACUCUUACAUCCGCGACGACACCAUCUUCAUCAAGGCGAUCGUGGACCUCACCGGCCUCUAGGCGGCUCAACAUGUUGGGGGUGCUACAGUUUGGCAAACCAGGCAGCUCUGUGACCAUUAAAAGUUUCAUUUUGGCUCAGUCUUGGUCCCUUUAGGGCUCCGUUCAGGCAUCUUACUGUCCCCUGCUGCUUUAGGGUGACAAACAUGCUUGCAACUGUACGCUGCAUGUGGCGGCAGUUCAGACGGGCGCCGGCAUUGUCAUACCCGGGGCGGGUCUCUCUUGAGCGAGAACCGCCGUCAUUGCUGUACAUUUUCGAGGUGCAAAACUUUUAGUUUUUAAAUCUUUUGACAUCACGGCACCACUCCCAUGGUGCAAACAUGUCACUUGAGUUCUUGCACAUGAGUUUUCAGUUGAGGGGCGAGCACCAGUCAGCGCGGCGCGUCGAGUAGAAGCAGGUGGCGGCGACGGCGUUUCUUUAACGGUUUCGGGUCGUGCGGAACAUGCAGACUGUGUUAGAUUACAGAUAGUUCGAUGUGAUCUGUAGAAAGCUGGCUGUAGACUUAUAAUAGAGUUAUUAGAGCAUGGCUUGAUGCUGCUUUUUUUCUUGCAGAUUGUGGAUAUUGUGAGCUUCUCAAUUCCAGUGUCGAGUGAAUUUGCAUAGACAAACGUGGAGUUAUGUUAUGAAUAAGAUUACAGGCAUUUAUUAUUUCCGCGCAAAGUGCAUGCCGCCGGCGUUUUUUCACGUAUUAAAAAAAAAAAAUCCUUAUUUCGAAUUUUUACGAAGGUUUGUUGUUAGUGAAUUAGCCAUCCGUGAUGGUGGACAUUGCCUGCAUGUCUUUGGAACCAGGCUAUUUAUUAACAUGUGAAGUUAGUGUCGCGUAUUUGUUCCUAUUAGGGGUUCGUUGGUUCUGAUUGGUGGUUUGGUACAUCUGUGGAAGAUAACAGUGGAGUUACCAAGGAGUCAGGGCAGCUUGCCAAGUCAAGCCUGAGGCGUCUCUCUGACACACAAUAACACAGCUGGAUGGAGAUAUGCUCACUAGCUCUCAACACAUCUCAACACAUAGUACCGUGCCCCACCACAGAUCGAGGCUUCGCACAGAUUCCACGAAAUGAAAUUGGAAUUGUCCGUUCCUUUGUUUCCUGUCCAUACAGUAUACAGUCAAUGUGUUUCUGCUGCUCUUGAGAUAGAUAACGAUGUGAAUCUUAUUAUAUAUGUUGGUGCAAAUAUAAUACGUGUGUGCGGAGGGGAGAUGAAAACCGAGGGGAUUGUUACACUUUUGUUGGAGGUUCGUGGCGCGUGCAGAUUUAAACUUUUAAAACGCGCUCUCGCUGAUUUAAACACGCGACACGUGACAUUUCGCGUCCGCUAGUGGUCGCUGUCGUUUACUCACUUAGCAUGCAUGCUGAGGUUUUUUUUCAAAAAAAAGGUUCACGCUGGCCUGUUUUUGCAAAACCAGUCUCGACCUGUAUUGAAACCUCUCUGUGCAUGGGAGGCUUCAAUUCAUAUUCACUACUAUGGAGUUUCACAUUGGUUUACCCUCCCCGGCGUGAGCCACGUGUGGAAGUGUUUAUUUGUAUUCGUUUGGAUGAAAUAAUCAUAGAAUAGUUAUUAUGUUAUAACUGGCGUCCGCGUCUGUUCAAACGGACGCGUUCGCCUAUAUUCAUAGCAAUUUAUAAAUAUGUAUCUUUCAUAUCAUAAUGUUGAAAUAAUCUAUAUAUCAAUGUUAAUAUACAGGAGAUGUUAUAAUAAACAUAGUAUUACUGAAUACCUUAUUAAUUCUAUAUCUAUAUACCAACUUUUUCUUUGUCAAGAUGGUUUGAACAGGCCAGGACGACCCCCUCCCCCAGUUUUUUGUGCAGUAAGGACUUCUUAGAGUGCAAUAUAAUAAUAAACGAUUACGUCUGUUAGAUUUCGACGACACCUUUAAGCGUUAAGCGGUUUACAGAGGUCACACUCGACUUAUUUGUUUACAUGACUCAACUGCGGCAAACUUCUCGGAGGGCUUUCCUUGUCAUUAAGCAUACGUCACCGGUCUCUAGUCGUCUUAACUGAUUUUUACGAAAACAAAAACAGUUCAGAGUUCACGCCAUGAGUGAGUUUCUGUUCUUUCACCGAAGACGGAGCAUGUAACGACGAGUACAUGAGCUUUUACAGUGUUCUUGUAAUGUGCCAAAAUCAAGUAUUACCUCCAUAUAUACAUUUAUAUAUAUAUAUAUAUAUGUAUAUGUAUAUAUAUAUAAACAAUGUUGUAUUGCAAGUUGUAUUUUAUGUUCUAUGCUAAAAUAUGGUGCCAAAUAUGUUUAUAAUUAAGAGUGUGUGUGUGUGUGUGUGUGUGCCAUUUUAAUAUGAUGCAUUAGUCACUUCAUCGAAACCCUCCUGAGGUUUUAUUUGAAUGUACACGCUUUAAUUCAGCAUUUCUGUAACGUGACUUGAACUUUGUUUGUGCACUUUGUAUCGGUCGGUUGUCCAAACAGGGUAUCUUGUCGAGUGAUUUAUGUACCUUGAAAUAAAUCAGAGCCAUAUAUAUAUAUAUAUAUAAAUAUAUAUAUUCUGAUGUUGAUAAUUGAUGUAUUAUGCUUAUAAAAAAAACAAAACAAACAAACAAAAAAAGG